CACACCCGUUUCCAAACAGUCUUUGAUACCAUCCAGGUGAGCAUCUCCUCCAUCCCCUCCCCCUCUCUCGACGUGAUGACCUUCAUUCUCUCCCCGUCUAAUCGACCAUGGCGAAUGAGUUAGAGCGCUCCUUCGCAGGAGAUGCUCGGAACCCCUCCCUCUCGAGGGCGGGUUCAUGGCGCUUGCCAGUGCCUUUGUCUGAUCUCCAAUGUUCCUUCAUGCUUGCUUGCUCUUGUUCUACGAACAUCACGCUGACUCGCAUGUCCUACAGGUUUCUUUCUAGUCACCCUUCUCGUGAGUCUUUGUCUUCGUUCACUUUCCCCUCAAUUUUCCCUUUUCAUGAUGAGAACCAUUUCAAAACCAUACGCAGUUUCCACUGAACGCGUCCUCCUCGCCGGGAGUUUGUCCUCGUCCUUUCUUUCGGCACUGUCCCUGUAACCGAGUCGAGUCGACUCUAGUUCCAAGUAGAACCUCUUGUUGAGCUGGAGACGAUUCCUCAAUCUCAGGCUUGGAGCAAUCCGAGCAGCCGACGCUGUCGACAAGGAAGGACUUGGCGAUGCUAGUUUGAAGUUUCACUUCCUUGGAUGUCUGAACCCAUUUUAUCCGUCAACUUUUGGUCGUGAAAAAAAUCAAGGAAGGAAAGUGGCUGACCAUCUGUUUGUUUCUGUACAUGUUCGGAUAUGCAGUCUUCUAUAUACAUACCCUCGUAGUGAAAAUGGUUGCUUCUGCUGAGAAGAAGGGCAAGGUCAUCCUGGCCUACUCUGGUGGUCUCGACACAUCUUGUAUCCUCCUCUGGCUCAUCGAACAAGGCUACGAGGUCGUGGCUUACAUGGCCGAUGUUGGACAGGAGGAAGACUUUGAAGCUGCCCGCACCAAGGCCAUGAAGUGUGGUGCCGUCGGCUUCCACCUUGCCGACCUCAAGCGAGAAUUCGUCGAGGAGCUCAUCUACCCUGCCGUCCAAUGUAACGCCAUCUACGAGAACGUUUACCUUCUCGGUACUUCCCUUGCCCGACCCGUCAUCGCCCGAGGCAUGAUUGAAGCUGCCGUCAAGGAGGGUUGUGACUUUGUUUCCCACGGCUGUACCGGCAAGGGCAACGACCAGGUCCGAUUCGAGCUCGCCUUCUACGGUCUUGCCCCCAACAUCAAGGUCAUUGCUCCCUGGAGGUUGCCCGAGUUCUACGAGCGAUUCGCUGGCCGAACUGCUUUGCUCGAGUACGCCGCCAAGAACGACAUCAUCGUUACCCAGACCGCUGCCAAGCCUUGGUCUACUGACGAGAACCUCUUCCACAUCUCUUACGAGGCCGGUAUCCUCGAGGACCCCAACCAGACCCCUCCCGACGACAUGUGGAAACUCACCACUUCCCCCGAGAAGGCCCCCGAAACACCCGAGCGAGUCGAGAUUGAGUGGUCUAAGGGUCUCCCCGUCAAGGUCACCUACCCCGCCGAUGGUACCGUCGUGACCGACGCCGUCGACAUUUUCCUCUCCCUCAACCAGCUCGCCCGAAAGCACGGUGUUGGCCGUAUCGACAUUGUCGAGAACCGAUUCAUCGGUGUCAAGUCUCGAGGAUGCUACGAGUCUCCCGCUGCCACCAUUCUCCGUGCUGCGCACAUGGACCUUGAAGGCCUCACCCUCGACCGAAACGUCCGAGCUAUGCGAGACCAAUUCAUCACCACUGGUCUCUCCCAGAUCCUUUACAACGGUUUCUUCUUCUCCCCCGAGCGAGAAUUCAUCACUGCCGCGAUCCCCGCUUCCCAGAAGACUGUCAACGGUCUCGUCAGGCUCAAGCUCUACAAGGGCAACGUUGUUGUUGAGGGCCGUGACGCCGACGAGGGUCUCUACGACGCCAAGUUCUCUUCCAUGGACGAGAUGGGUGGCUUUGAACCUACUGCUACCAGCGGUUUCAUUGAGAUCUCUAGCAUCAGGAUCAAGGCUUGGGGCAGGGCCAACAUCAAGCGAGGUCAGGACGGUGUCUCCCCCAAGGACGUCUACCACCGAGAAUAAUCUGACCUUUUCUUGGUCAGAACUGUCGGGUUGGUUGCGUUUGUGGUAGUCUAGAAAGAGCAUCAUAUGUAGGGUCUUUAGAAGUUGUCUAGCAAGCAUGAUUGAAUUGUAUAGAGGGUAGAUACCUGAUUAGUACGUAGAAAAUGGGAAGCAAUAGUCACGCCGUAGCACAGGUGGAUGCAUAUAUCACAGUAUCAUUGGG